GCCGCCGCCAUAUUGGGGGGAGCCAGCUGGGCCCCUGGUCCAGUAAGGGGACACGUCAGUGCCGCCAGGGACGUCACAGGCCCGCCCGGCAUGCCGGCGUCUAAUUGGUUGCCGCGUCCUCUUACGCGUCGCGCUUCCUUGUCUGCCCCUCGUGCUCAGUGGAGUUGCUCUCUUUUUACCUCGGCAUAGAAGAGGCGAUGGUGGCGCUGGCAUCUCUCGGCGCCCUGGCGCUACUCCUACUGUCGGGCCUCUCCUGCUGCUCAGCAGAGGCCUGCAUGGAGCCCCAGAUCACUCCUUCCUACUACACAACGUCUGAUGCUGUCAUUUCCACUGAGACUGUUUUCAUCGUGGAGAUUUCCCUGACAUGCAAGAACAGAGUCCAGAACAUGGCUCUUUAUGCUGAUGUCAGUGGGAAACAAUUUCCUGUCACCCGGGGCCAGGACGUGGGGCGUUAUCAGGUGUCCUGGAGCCUAGACCACAAGAGUGCCCAUGCAGGCACCUAUGAGGUCAGAUUCUUUGACGAGGAGUCCUACAGCCUCCUGAGGAAGGCUCAGAGAAAUAACGAGGACAUUUCUAUCAUCCCACCCCUGUUCACAGUCAGCGUAGACCAUCGGGGCACGUGGAACGGGCCCUGGGUUUCCACCGAGGUGUUGGCCGCAGUUAUUGGCCUAGUGAUCUACUACCUGGCCUUCAACGCCAAGAGCCACAUCCAGGCCUGAGGGCAGUGCCCCCAGCCCUCAUUGCUUCUUUCAAUAAACAGUUAGACGGCUCUUCA